AUGGCUCAUAAAUUUGUGUUGAUUGCCGUUGCUGUUUGCAUCAUCGGUCACGUUCAAGGCAGACCUCAAGCCCAAAUUGAGGGAAAAGAUGCCGAAACAAUCGUUUACCAACACGAAGUUAAUCCUGAAGACAACAGUGCGUGGUUUGAAUUUGAUCAAACAGACGGACAAAAAAGACAAGAAUUGUGGAAUUUGAAGCAAGUUGGUGAAGAACUCGUCCCUGAUGUUCGUGGUGCCUUCCAAUUCCUUGGACCUGAUGGCGUUCUCUACACCGUUACUUUCGUUGCUGACGAAAAAGGUUUCCGUCCCGAUGGUGAACACAUUCCCCCAGCUGCCGAUGUCGGUCCCGAUCCAGAUGUCCCACCAGCGGCUCUUCCCCCAUCUGCUGUCCUCUCACUCGUCGGAUAA